AUGUCCGAAUGGGAUGUUUCUGGGUCUCACAAGCAAGAACUACCAAAUUACAGUCAGGAUGAUGAAAUUACCUUCCUGUCUGAAAAGAUCGAAGAAUCUCCUCCAGCCGAUGUGCCGACAAACGUAGAUGCCGGCAAAAGAUGGAGGUUCAUGUUAUGUAACAACUUCUUCAAUUCUGAUCUAAAGGUUUUUGUGUCGGCUAAUUCUGUGGAGAAGUACAAAUCAUUCAAGAACUCUAGCAGCGCACAAGCUGUUCAAUACGAUCGCGAAUUGCAACUGCAAGGCAUUGGCAUUCCGUUGAUAAGAGCAGAUGUUCACGAUUUCCAUGCUCACAAAUUCUUAACUAUAAAACGGUACUAUGUAGAUAAAGAAAAGAUCGGGUCUCGAGGUUUUGAUAGCAAGAAAGACUUGCAUGACUUCUGUAUCGUACGAAAACAUCGACAUGGUUCAUAUUCUACCUAUGAAUUGAAGUUUUCUCCUGAUCCUAACGACAUAAGCCAGGACUUCACCAUUGUAUUAUUUAAGCAUGGUGUAUUACCAAUUGCGGAUUAUGUGUACAGAGGUAGUCGAUACAGGUGGAUAUACGAAACAAGGUCGUACGAGUCUCCCUAUUGCUACUCCAAUUACCUCUUGUCUCCGGGUCAGCAUUCGAUGACAGAUAAUUGGGACAAAGAAACAAACAAGUUGGAGAAAUCCCUUGACCCUAAUAACCCCUUGAUAGGAGACUACAUGCUGAAAGCAUUCUCGUUAAAAUCGCGUAACACUAAGAAAGAGUACUAUUCUCCAAUGCAACUAGCAUCGUUGGACGAAAACAAGAACUACGACCCUUUUAGUCGCUUCAGGCAAAAAGCUGUGUUCACCAUGAGAGACAUGAACAAUACGUCCGACCAUCCCACGGUUGACCAUGAAAGUAUAUAUUCUGUGAAUUUGGAUGCUCUCACCAGUCUCUGCAUAGCGUUAGUAUUCAAACGUCGUGAAGAUAUCAAAGAAGAAGCGAGGAAGAUAUUAGAAAACUAG